AUGUGUACUCGCGAUUGUUACCGUCUGUUUGGAUACUUUCUUGGCUUUCUGUGGAUGGCCAGUUCCGUGUACUACACGACCGAAACGAUCGAGCUGCUAAAGCUGAUGAAGUUAAGAUGUAAUAAGGCAUCGGCACGAGCGCUGGAUACGCCCGACACCGGACCAGCCCGGCUGCAGUUUAGUGAUGCAAUGAUUGCUAAGGUUUGUGAUUUCUACACCCAUCUGGAUGUGUUUAUGCCGUACCACUUUAUCACCACGAUCAUCAAGAUGAUGCCCGGCGUACUGCUCGUGACGGGUAUAUACACGAGCAACAUUACCUUGGUGCAAGUGUUUGCGUUGUAUGGGAUUUUAGAGGAAUGCUUUUUUGUGAUUGUGUUUUCAAAAAUAUUUGCCGUCCUCCAGUCCUUCGACCUGAGCAUUUGGAUCUACUGGAUAAUUGUGAUAUUCUGUGUGAAGCUUUUCUUCUCGAUCUGGAUACUGCUGGGAGUAUACGCGGCAAUAAAACCCCGAACAGCACCCCGCAAUCCACCACGAGUCUAAUCGCACACAGAGAAAAAAAACCCAACACACACACACACACACUCGCUGCAGUGCAAUACGUUUCUUUGGA